UUACUGCCAAUAAUGGUGGAAAAGGCUUGGAUGAAGGUAAAAUUUUGACUUUAGGUUCCAACGAAUUAACUUUAUCCCACAGUUCUUUUUCAUCAGACUUAGGAAUGAGCCGAUAAUCAGCUUUAUAAGAAACUCUGUGCAGCUCAAUCAAUUUAGGGUAUCUUCGCCCUCUGAAAACUUUUUCAACCCAAGCUCUAACUCUUCUAUCUACACCAGGCUAAAAUGAAAGAAAGCAAAUAAAAAAAAGUAUUGAAGAUGGUGAGCAAAGGAAAGCAUAAUUACCCAGCAUUACCUCAAUUUCUACAGCUUCUACUUUGACAAUUCUAAAAAAACUGGGUUCAGGAUAUCUAUCAAAUACGUGUCUUUUUACUAAUCUCCCAACACCGAAAUUGUUCAGGUUACCCAAUAUUUCCCAAAGUGGCUUUCCGCAGAAAUCAGUAGUUCUACCAAUAUACUUUACAGGCAUUUUGAACUUUUGUUAUUAGCAAGGUUACUAUAGGUUCUCUAAGGAAAAGGUUAUGCUAACUAUCGAUACUGUCAAGAUCGAAUAUCGUGUUAUCAGUAGUAAAUGCACACAAUUUCCUUAUUUUCAAAAUAUUUUGUAUUUCGAAUUGUAGCCGCGGCUUAUCACUUUACUUUUAUAAAUGUUGUUACAUACCAUUGCUAUAAAAUUCAAACUUUUAGUAUGUAUGUUGUAACUCAUGAACCACUUGUUGAUUCAUAGUUUUCCCUGUCCUUUGUAAAUGUCAAUGCAGUUAGGUCCCUUUCUAGCUAACUGUUUCUAUUGUCGAUGAGAUGUUCAUAGUUUCUGUUUCAUGAUUAUUUUUAAAGAUCGUUAUCCUAUUUUGAUUGCGUUCUUUUAAAAUGGUUGGAAGUGACACAGUUUUGGAAUUGAGAAAUAUCUUUCACUCUGGCCAGGUUGAACCUACUUCUUGGAUUCAGAGACUUUUUGGCAAUGUUGAAACAGGUCUUAUACUCAAAGAUGUGUCAUUAGAUGUCAAAGCUGGAGAAGUGUUUGCUGUCCUCGGGUCUAAAGGUAGCGGUAAAAGGACAUUAUUGGAUGUGAUAUCACGCAGAGCUCAUGGCGCUACUAGAGGGCAGAUUCUCUUUGAUGGUAGCCCAUUGACUCUUAGCUGGUUUCAACAGACUUGUGGAUAUGUUACUCACAGAACGGAUCUUAUCCCAUCUUUAGACACAGAGCAAACAUUAUACUAUGCUGCUAACUUAAGUUCAGGAGAAAAGGUUUCUAGAUACACCUGUAGUACAAGAGUUCGUCAAAUGCUAAGUGACCUAGCACUAAAUCAAGUUGCUCACCAUUGUGUUUCAAGUCUCAAUAAAAGUCAAUAUAGGCGAUUAGUUAUUGGAAUUCAACUAAUUAAAGAUCCAGUACUGCUACUGCUUGAUGAACCCACAGCAGAAUUGGAUCCACUCUCGACUUAUCUUGUUAUCUCAAUACUUUCUUCUUAUGCAAGGAAACGUGGACGUUCUGUCAUGCUAACAAUGGAAAAACCUCGAUCAGAUGUGUUUCCUUUCUUGGACAGAGCAGCUUUCCUAUGCCUGGGUGAUAUUCUUUACUCUGGUCCAACUCGUCUAAUGCUUGAUUAUUUUACCUCCAUUGGAUUUCCUUGCCCUGCUGUGGAGAAUCCUCUUAUGUAUUAUCUCUGCCUGUCUACUGUUGAUCGUAGAAGUCGUGAAAGGUUUUUAGAAUCAAACGCUCAAAUUCUAGAUUUAGUUGAAAAAUUUAAAACUGAUGGUGUCUCUUACAUGACUAGUCCUGGACAUUCUCAGCCUCUGAAAGCUGUUCUUCAGCCCUCUCGACCCUCAUCUCUUCAAGUAUUCAUGAUUUUAUACCAACGUUUGUUUGCUGCAACUUGUAAUAUCACAACUUUUGGACUAACUCAUAUGUUUCUGAGGCUUGCCGUGUUUCCAAUUUAUGCUUUGAUGAUUUUUAUUCUGUUUUUUCAAGCUCAGAGAAAAGAGCAUGCUGGCAUUAAUCAUUAUGGACUCAUUUUAUACAGUAUGAAUGGUGCAUAUUUAAUGUCUACUAUCACUACAUCUUAUACUUUCCAUGUAUUCCGGACAAGAUAUUAUCAGGAAGCUCAAGAGGAUCUGUAUAGUGGGCCUUUGUUCUUCUUAUGCUAUGCUCUAUUUUCAUUACCUUUUUCAAUUCUCUCUGUUGCCUCUGCCUCAAGGAUUUUGUUUCAAGCUACUGGCCUUAGCAGUUUAGAUGAUUGGGGAAUAUGGUUUGGUGUACUCUGGGGUUGCUAUUUGUUGGCUGAACAUCAGGCAAUCGCACUGCUUAUGGUCAUCAAGUCGAGCAUGACGGCAAUGAUUACUUCUAUCUACAUAACAACAAUUUAUGUCAUCUUGGCUUCUGGAAUACUUCGAUCCAGUAGCAGUAUGCCUGAAUGGUUGUUGUACAUGAGUUAUGGAGCUCAGCCCCACUAUGCAACAGCAGCUCUAAGUUAUAGGGUGUUUGGUGAGCCUAUGGCGAAUUGCUCUCAAGCUAUGUUUGGCUGCAAAUAUUUUGAAAAUCAUGCUCAUUUCGCUCAUAGACCAUCUCAUUCAUGGGAUGUUGAUUAUAAUUUUAUAUUUACUUUAGCAUUUCCAGCCAUAUUUGUUCUUGGAAAUGUUCUAUUGUAUAUCAUGCCACUCCCUGCUUUUGUGAAAGCGAAAUUCAGAGAAUGAUUCUGUUUAGCAUUGCCUGUAUUUUAUUUUAAAGAUCUGUAUUUUAUAUCAAUGUUUUUUGGAGUAUGCUCUUCAUAUAAUAUUUUAGCAUGUAGUACAUUAAUUACUUUAAGGCUAGGAACAAACUAUAGUGCAUGUAAGGUUGUACUAUAAAUCAAAUAAUUCUAUUUUAUCCAUUAAACUACGUUCCAAAUUGGUUAGACAUCUUGAUCAUGGACAUCAUUUUUUAUGGUAUACUGAUUCUGGUACAUAACAGAUUUUUUUAUUUUGAUUAACGAGCAUUAUUUUAAUGAUAUAAACUAUUGUUCAUCAAUAUACAGAAUCCGUGCCACGUUCAACUUCACCUUUUGAUUCUGAACAUGUUUACAACUCAUGGAGCAACAUUUUUAGAAAAAACUGCUUACCGAAUUUGCUGAUGAACUUUAUAUUCGAGGUUCAUGUUUUUUUAGGUAGCAUUCAAGCUUUGCAAUAAAUAAACUAUUGCCAUAGCAAAAUUUUAAAUCCAGUAUAAGUUCACCACACUAAUUUAUUACUACUAAUAACGCACUCUUGUGUGGUCUUGCUACCCUGCCCUAAUGCACCCUUUAAGCUAACAUAAUUGUACCUUACCAAUUUAUGUUUAUAGACAUCACUGUUAAUUUAUUGAUUUAUUUUAUAUUGUUAAGCUUAGCUGUAAGUUAAUGCUUCACUUUAAAAUUUUAAGUUUUUUGUGUUGUUUAUAUUAGAAAAUAUUUUAAAAACUAUCAUACUAUUUUAUAUGUAAUAAUUUUCAGUAUUUUUGUUCAAGUUCCUAUUGAAGGUGAAAAUUACAUAUAUAAUGUAACUACUUAUAUUGAAGGUGCUAAAAUGUACAAUUUUAUUUUAAUAUUAUUUUGUAUUUAAAAAUAUGUAUUUGAUAUACCAUGGAUCAUCUUAUCUGGUGUUUCUCAAUUAUUAUUGACUAUAUUGUAUAUUAUGAAGUUAAAGCAAGUAAAUUAAAAAAAAAAAAAAUUGGUUCAUUCUAAAAUAUAACUAUUGUGAUAGUCUAUAUUUUUAUAUAUCAAAGUCCAUUCCACCUUUAGUGCAUUUCCACAGAGUUAAACGAAUAUUGUGAUUUUAUUCUUUGAAGAUUUAAUAAAAUAAAAAUAGUUAUUACUUAAGAAUGGCAAAAUUAAUAAUGGAAACUUCAAACUUUUUUUGUUUUUUGAGAAACACUAGAAGAUUCCAUAUGACACCAUUAAAAAGGUAAAUUACACCUUCUGUUGGAAAAAGUUUUGUGAACCUUAGAGUUUUUAGUGAUAUCUAAAUUGAACAACUUAAUGGAGAACUUUGUAGAUAUAGCUUAGGUCCGGAGGUUAUACUAACGAAAAUAAAAUCCUUUGCCCUCUAAUUAAUCUUGUCAAAUAUUUUUUCUUCUUCAUUUCGAUUUAUUUUAGUUUCUUUCAAUCAUAUGGACAAAUUCAUAAGUUAAAUUUCUAUUCCAAUGACAAAAGACUUUUUAAGGUACAAGUGCAUGAAAAGGUGUUCUCGCUUGAGUUGUUUGAUCAAUAAUAUUCUUCUAUUGUGAAAUAAUUCAUAAUUUCAAGAAGAUCCAAAUCCGUAGGAAAUAAAUAGAUAGCAUCAGUCACAAUGACUGAUAAAAAUUUUGAAUAUAUCUAUUAAUUUCAGAUUAUGAAAAAACCUGUGCAAUACUCAAAUGUUCUAAUUCUAUUAUUAUUAGGAAUAGCUAUUAUUUAAAAAAAAAAAAACUGUAUUAGUUUAUUAUAUUUUUAUUUUUAUAAUCAUAUUUAUUUAAUAAAUUUAAAUUAUUUAUUAUAUAGUUCUUUUACACUUUCCUUAAGAGAACUGUAUGGCUCAUGUGUUAUAGAGAAUAAUAUUUCUGCAACCCUUGCUUCUGUUAAUUCGUCAUAAGCUUCAGAAGCUGAAAAAUAAUCAGAAUUUAUCUUCAAGAUGUAUGAAGUAAAUAAUGACACUGGUGCUGGAAAACAUAAUUUUCUUAUUUUAAAAUAAGCUAAUCUUUAUUCCACAACUUCCAAACAAAUUAAAAAAUCUGGUACGUGCAUCACACGACUUAUAUUUAUUUACAUUUCAUGGUAAGUAUUUUUAUUUGUUUAAUUACCCUUAUAUAUAUAAAUUUUAAUGUUUAUAUCGCUGUUAUCUAUACAAUUAAGUAUAAAAUAAUACCAGCGAUAGCAUUUAUGAAAACUGCAUAUGUAUAUGUACAUAAUAUUGUUGAAGUCUGUACAGUAACGGGGAAAACUGUCCAUGAAAUUCUGCUGAAAUAACAUGGUGGAUGUUACAUACAUAAAAGAGAGGCGGUACCUGGAGGCUUUAAGACAACAUUUCAUGGAAGAAAUAGUAAAUUUAAAGAAACAGGAUAUCAUAAUAGACAGCACGUCACCAUAUAACAGUCCCUUGUGGGCAAUGAAGUAAAUGUGUUGGCCGGAUGAGAACCAGGAAAAAUAUACAGCUGUCAUAGACUGCAGCAAACAAAAAAAAACACUAGAUGAAAAAUACCCAAUCCCCAGAUUCGAGGACUUCUUGUAUAGACUGAGCGGACCAAUUUUCUUUAGUACAUUAGACCUGAAGCAGGUUUUCAUCAGAUCGAAAUGCACCCCAAACACGUCAUUUACAUUCGAAAAGCGACAAGAGAAUGCCUUUCAGCUAACAAAAUAUGUCGAAAACAUUACAAUAUCUUAUUAGUUUUUGAGGGGAAUCGAUGAAGCAGAGUGCCAAGUGUAUAUGGAUGAUUUGCUAGCAUUCAGCAAAACGAAAGAGCAGCAUGGGCAUAUUUUUUUUUAAAAUAUAGGGUAAUGGAAGGUGAGUCCUGGGUUCUAUUUGUGAUGGUCCUAAGAGUCUAUGGUUCUGAUGGAAAUCAGCUGAAUGAAAAUAUAUAUAUUCAUGAUAAUUGUAAUUAUAUCUCUAUAAUAAUUACUUACUUUUAAUUACCAAAUGUCCAAAAAGCUCACAUAAUGCAGGAUUAAAUUCAUCCAGAGCUUUAGACC